UAUGGCGGCGGCAGGGCUGCUGGGCCGGGGGCCGCUCUUCCUGCGCCGCAGCACCUGGCGAGGCUUCACCUCGCAGUCGGAGGGGGAGGCGCGGGUGAGCCGGGUCCUGCGGGAGAAGUUCCCCCGGGCUUCCUCCAUCAGAGUGGUGGAUAUCUCAGGAGGCUGUGGUGCCAUGUACGAGAUCCACAUCGAGUCAGAGGAGUUCAGAGAGAAGCGAACGGUGCAGCAGCACCAAAUGGUUAACCAGGCACUGAGUGAGGAGAUCAAGAGCAUGCAUGGACUGCGCAUCUUCACCUCCACCCCCAAACCCUGAGCCUCGUCAAUAAAGAACUU